AUGUCUUCCUCAAUUGAAGGUCGUAAAGUGCUUCUGCUUGGAAGUGGCUUCGUCACCAAGCCUACUAUCGACGAGCUGAGCAAGGCCGGUGUCCUUCUCACCGUUGCUUGCCGUACUCUCGAGAGUGCCCAGCAGCUCUGCAAGGGCAUCAAGAACGCAAACGCCAUCUCUCUGGACGUCAAUGACUCUGCUGCCCUUGACGCUGAGCUAGCCAAGGUCGAGCUGGUCAUCUCCCUCAUCCCAUACAUCCACCACGCUACCGUCAUCAAGGGAGCCAUUCGCACCAAGAAGAAUGUCGUCACUACCUCCUAUGUCUCACCAGCCAUGAUGGAGCUGCAGGAAGACGCAAAGAAGGCUGGAAUCACAGUCAUGAACGAGAUCGGUCUUGACCCAGUUCACGAAGCCGGUGGCAAGGUCACAUCUUUCCUGUCCUACUGUGGUGGUCUCCCAGCUCCAGAGUCCUCUGACAACCCACUGGGCUACAAAUUCUCCUGGUCCAGCCGAGGCAUGCUUCUCGCCCUCCGCAAUGACGCCAAAUACUAUGAGAACGGCAAGAUCGUCUCCAUCCCCGGCCCGGAGCUUAUGGACUCUGCAAAGCCAUACUUCAUCUACCCAGGCUUCGCCUUCGUCGCCUACGCCAACCGUGACUCGACACCUUACAAGGAACGCUAUGAGAUGCCAGAGGCUCAGACCGUGGUCCGCGGCACCCUCCGCUUCCAGGGCUUCCCACAGAUGAUCCGCACCCUCGUCGAUCUAGGUUUCCUCAAGGAAGACGAGAAGGAGUUCAUGAAGACGCCUAUCCCAUGGAAGGAAGCCAUGAAGCAGCUUCUCGGAGCCACCUCUUCGGAAGAGAAGGAUCUCCAGUGGGCCAUCUCCUCCAAGACCAAGUUCGCUGAUAACGAAGAGAAGGAUCGUAUCAUGGCUGCUCUUCGAUGGAUGGGCUUGUUCUCCGAUGAGAAGAUUACGCCUCGUAAUAACCCGCUCGAUACCCUUUGUGCUACCCUUGAGCAGAAGAUGCAGUACGGACCUGGUGAGAGAGACAUGGUCAUGCUGCAGCACAGAUUCGAGAUUGAGAACAAGGACAGUAGCAAGGAGACCCGUACCAGCACCUUGUGUGACUAUGGCGAUCCAAACGGCUACUCUGCCAUGGCCAAGCUGGUGGGCAUCCCAUGUGCCGUUGCUGUCAGGCAGGUCCUUGAUGGCACUCUCAGCGAGAAGGGUAUCCUUGCUCCCAUGAACAUGAAGAUCUGUGGCCCCCUGAUCAAGGCGUUGAAGGAGGAGUACGGAAUUGAGAUGAUCGAGAAGACUCUCUAA